UCACAAUAACCUUAAGGCAAACUUCUGCUUCUCCUCAUGGUCAUUUCCAAACAGGACGCUGGUGUAUCCUGUUCCAUCUCCCCAUCCGUGCAGCAAGAAGUCCAAGAUGCAGACUGUGUGGGUGAUGCUGAUCUGCCUGUCUGGAGGGCAGUUUGCAAGUGCCACACGCUGCAAGACCUAUGGCACCAUCCCAGGCAUCCCAGGGUCACCAGGACAGCCUGGCACCAACGGCAGAGAUGGGGAGAAUGGCCUAAAGGGUGAACAAGGUCCUCCUGGCCAGGUGGAGUAUGAAGGAGACAUGGGGGAGAAGGGAGACCCAGGAAUUCCGGGGUACCCUGGGAAGAUCGGCCCCAAGGGCCCCCCGGGCUCAAGGGGAUUGCCAGGUCCCAUAGGACUCCCAGGCCCUCAUGGGGACUCUGGUGACUACAAGGCCACUCUCAAGUCUGCCUUCUCUGCUGCUAGGAGCAUUAGCUCCUACCCACGCCGGGAGCAGCCCAUCCGCUUUGACCGCAUCAUCACCAACGAGAAGGGCCACUAUGAGAACCGGUACGGGCGCUUCAUCUGCCGGGUCCCAGGCAUCUACUACUUCACCUACCAUGUCACCUCCAGGGGCAACCUUUGCCUCAACGUGAAAAGGGGCCGGGGUGGCAGCAGAGGCGAGAAGGUGGUGACCUUCUGUGACUACGUGCACAGCAGCUACCAGGUCACCACGGGUGGUGUGGUUCUCAAGAUGGCAGCGAAUGAGUCUGUCUGGCUGGAGCCAACAGAGAAGAACUCUUUGGUGGGGAUCGAAGGGUCCGACAGCGUAUUCUCCGGGUUCCUCAUCUUCCCCGAGGUUUAGCCCCUUUAAGGUUCUUGCAGCCCUCCUGAUGUUGGCUGGUCCCUGCAGGGCUGAGGACUCCCCUGGAAAUGACUUCACUCCAGAUUUGGCACCCUAAGUGCACUGCUGCCGGUCUUGCAUAUUAAAUGACAGCUCCCUGUGUUGCUGGUC